AUGGGUGGGCUGCCUUUGCAAAAUGCUUCCUCUACCUUAGCUCUGCCAGGAUCAGAGCAAAAUAAGGGUUCAGCAAUGACAACAUCUGUAACAGAAUCAAAGCCAAAAAAGAAGAUAUGCUGUGCCUGCCCUGAAACCAAGAAGCUGAGAGAUGAAUGCAUUGUGGAGCAUGGUGAAACUGCUUGUGCAAAGUGGAUCGAGGCUCAUCGUCUGUGCCUUCGAGCUGAGGGUUUUAAUGUUUGAAGUUGAUUCAGAUGGUUGAGUGUUGAUAUAUUGAUAGUUUGAUACUAUUUUGGGGCAUAGGAUACUUGCUUUUGGAAUUACAUACACAAUAUUUAAGGAAUAAAACAAGAAAAGGCAGCUUUUCUUACGGAUUUUAUUUCA